AUGUUUGGAAGCUCUGAUGUCGAAGUUAUCUCCUCAGGAACUUCAUCCGCGGGGGACGAGAGCGAAGAGGAGGUACAACCGCGUUCUUCGAAGAAGUCGCGGCGACACACGAAGCCGGUUGAAGAUUCAGACGAAGAGGAGAUCCAGCCACGAAGUCAAAGACGGCGGAUCGCUCGACUGGCUGCAACUCCGGAAGAGGAAAGCGAGGGGGAAGAGCAGGAGGGAGAUGAAGAACAGGACGAGCUGCAGGAAGAAUUGGCCUUCUUGCAGUCGUCGCCUCUACAAGACCGGGGAAGGCUUAGGAGCAGACAGGAUAAACCGAAAAGCGAGCGAGAGAAAGCGUUGGAAGCCCUCAAGAAGCGCCGAGCAGGCACUGGUGAACCUUCUUCUUCGGCGACCCCGGGAAGGAACCGGCGUGUCGUGGUCGAUUCCGAUCCGGAUUCAGAUCUUGAGAUCAUCGAUGAGGAACCAGACAGUGAUGUCGAAGAAGAAGAGGAAGAAGAGGAAGAAGAUGAGGGCGGUCAAGAGACGAAUGCUCUAGACAUGUUCCAGGAGGAUAAUGAAGACGCCGACUUCAUCGAUGAUGACGCGAAUGCUCCGAUCGGAGCUCCUGCUGAUUUUGCUGGCCUCCCGCUGGAGUUUAGCAGUGUAAGUCGCAAAAAGCCCCGGGAACUGUUCAAAUACGCUGUGGAGUGGAUGGUACAGAAGAAGAUCAACCCUGCCUUCUCAUCCAACGACGAGCUAUACGUCUUAACCUUCCGCAAGCUGGACGAUGAGGUCACCGGGCUAGCGAACUCCAAGUUCCACUCCUCGGUAUGGACUGCAGAUUUCACGCGAGCCAUCAGAGCACGACCGGACCUGACCAUCAACGAGCUCGGCGGAGUUUCGCGACUUAUGUCCAUUGUUGAACCGCGUUGCGAGGCCUGCAAUCGCAAGCACAACGCGACGUGGGAACUGUCCCUGACAGGCACCCCAUACCACAAAGAGACUCUCGAGCCCCUCACCGAAGACUCAGAGGACUCCAGCGACCCCGACUCUGAUUCCGACUCUGCCCUUUCAUCAACCGCUUCUGAUGCGGCCCUUAAUGGCGAGAAACCCACGUACAAUGCCCAGGGCGAGCGCCUCCCACCCGAAUCCAAGAUCUUCACGCUCGGCUCAACAUGUAAAGCAAAUGCGCAGGUAGCCCACACGCUGUAUCAUUGGCGGUACCACCUCAACUCCUGGGUUGUCGACUACCUCGUGCGUCAGGGCCACUGCUCCCCUGCAAAGAUAGUCCAGCGGGACAAGUGGAGCGUGAAGAAGCGAGAGAAGUACGCGAAUAAGAUCGUGGAUGAGAUGGAGAGGGUGGGCGAGAUCAAGAAGUUGUAUCACUUGUACAAGGAGCAAGUGGAUUUCGCCCUCGAAGCACGGAAUGACUACAAGAGGGGCUGGGGCCGGUCAAGGGGUUAG